GUGCAAACAACAGUGGCUCUCUAAGAGCGCGCAUGUGUCUCCUGGAUUUUUAUAUCUGAACUACUUUCCCAGUGUCACAUGUACUGAGUGUGGCUGGUUUAAGGAUCGGCACGUGCGCUCCAGUUUGACAGGAUUUUUAAAUCAUUGACAGUGCUGGAUGCUGGACAAAGGUGAAUGCUGACAUUUAUUUGCACACUUGUAGCAGUUUAACACCUCUACUUGGAUCACGUCGAAAUCAUUCGUUAACACUGUGAAUGUCUUUGGGUUAAAUGGCUGGUGCAUUCCCUGGGUUGUUACCAGUCUGUGAACUCUGUAAUACUGCCAAGCCUGUAGCUGUUAGUCUGGAGGAUAAAGGUUCCUUUUGCUUGUUAUGUAUCAUUAGAUAAUUCUGUUUGUGAGAGAGUUGCUUACAGUGUCAAUAGGGCUGUAGCCAGACAGUUAAUAUUACACCUCAUGAUGGAAUUGAGUGCACGCAGUGAAAGGACAGAGGACGCUAAGGAGGAAUUGAGGACUGAUGAAAAUGGACACACCGCUGAACCUGAGGCUCCAGAAACAAAGGACGACCUGGAAACCCAAACGCAGAAGCCUCAAGCCUGGUUGUGGUCUGUGGUUUUCCUUUGUUUGUAUGGAUUCAUGGUUCAGCUGAAACCCGGAGAGCCAUUUAUCACGCCAAACCUGCUGAGUACAGAGAAGAACUUCACGAGAGAACAGGUCACCAAUGAAAUCAGCCCCGUGCUCUCGUAUUCCUACAUGGCAGUGCUGGUGCCCGUUUUCCUGCUGACAGAUUACCUGCGCUACAAACCUGUACUGAUCCUUCAGAGUUUGAGUCAUGUUUCCAUUUGGCUGUUGCUGCUCUUGGGCACCUCAUUGCUGGAAAUGCAGUUAAUGGAGUUCUUUUAUGGCAUCACCAUGGCUGCCCGUGUGGCCUACUCCUCAUACAUCUUCUCACUGGUGCCAGCGACCGUGUACCAGCGUGUUGCCAGCUUCUCCCGCUCCUCUGUGCUCAUGGGCGUCUUCAUAAGCUCUGUGUUGGGUCAGAUGUGUGUGUCGAUAGGUGGCGUGACAUACACGAUGCUCAGUGCUGUAUCGUUGGGGUUUGUCACUUUUGGGCUGCUGUUGUCCUUCUUCCUGCCAUGGCCCAAGCGUAGCCUGUUUUUCAACCAAGCCUACCUGGAGCAGGAGAGAAAGGAUGCAGCUCGGUCAGAAUUGGCCAGAAUGAAACCCGAUGAGAAGGAUGGCAGCGUGGCAGCACAAAGCCGUAACGUCAGUGCCUGGACCAAUUCCUGGACCAAUUCCGUGUUCGUUCAGAUGCUGAAGGAGUUGAAAAAUGUCAUGAAAGUGCCUAGUUUAAGGCUCUGGUGCUUGUGGUGGGUUUUCAACUCAACUGGUUACUAUCUAGUUGUCUUUUAUGUGCACAUCCUGUGGAAUAAAGUUUACCCUGCCACAGAGAACAAGCAUGUCUACAAUGGAGCUGUUGAAGCCGCUUCGACGUUAUUAGGUGCGAUCACAUCAUUUGCAGCAGGCUAUGUGACAAUACGAUGGAAUCUUUGGUCCGAACUGGUGAUUGGAUUGAUUACUGCGGCACAGGCUGGUCUGCUGCUGCUCAUGGACACCACAGAUAAUAUCUGGGUUUGCUACGUCUCAUACGCCCUGUUCAGAGGCUUGUACCAGUUCCUUGUGCCUAUUGCCAUAUUCCAGAUUGCAUCUAAUCUUACUAAAGAACUAUGUGCUUUAGUGUUUGGAGUAAACACUUUCCUUGGGACAAUCCUAAAGUCAAUCACCACCAUCAUUGUGGUAGAUAAGAGGGGAUUGGCUUUAAAUGUUCAAUCUCAGUUUUUUGUUUAUUUCUUUUACUUUAUCUUCCUGACUGUGAUUUACCUGGGCUGCAGUGCUUGGGUCAUCACACGUCAUUAUCGGCACCAGAGAGCAGAAGAGGGGCAGACGGACGUGUCCGUGGCCACCGAACUCUGUUCCAAGGCAGCAGCUGCUAGUGAGGCACACUGCGUCAUUAAUGGAACCAGCAACCAGGCAUGAGAUUGCCCCCAUCUCUCAAGCUGUUUCUGUCAAAAUCAUCAAUAUGUUCAACACUAUUAUUACGAGUAGGACUAGCGUUGAUUUUUAGUGCUUUCUUAUCAUGUUCUUUUAGGAACGGCACAUUUGAUUUUAUCGUCAACAAUACCAUUUAGGUGUUUUGUGGAGCUGUAGUGCUGUUGUGCAUUGACACAAGUGGCCAAUAGGGUGGUCCAUCCGUGGGGAAUAUAGUCUCAGGCUUCACAUAAAUUUCUCGGAUUAACUCUUAUGUGGGAAAGUUGUUUUUGUUUGGAUAGCCGAACAUGACAAGUAAAUGCAGCAUUUUGUUUUGUGAAAAUCUUCUCUGAUGUCAGAAGCUGAUGUUUGCUGUUCAAUUUGAAAUAGUAGUUACCGUUUACAGUAUUUCAAUAAUUCCUGCUGUUUUUACCAUAAAAUGUGAACAUGUUUCUUUUUCUUUUUUUUUAUGAUUUUAUAAUAAGAAUCUGUAUUAACGUGUAUCAGUGAAUGUUAAUACAAACAAAAUGUUGCUUCUUUUAGAGAUUUUGUUAAAGUAACAGUAGACUUUUAUACAUUUUGACAAUCCAGAAACACAAUCUGUGAUUUUUCGACACAGAAAUGAACCAAGAGAAGGUUCUCGCACGAUAUGAAGGCGUAUGAUGAUGCUAGUUGCAGUGGCACUCAGGGGUCAUUGACAUAAUGUUGUGUGAGGUGACAAAAAUGAGAACUAUUGAAAUAAAUCUGGUUUAAAACAGACGUGUGUCACGUUCAUAGACAUGGAAAUGUACGAGAUCAUGUUUUUACUAAAUUGUCUGAAAAACAUUUAUAGCAUUUUGUACAAAGAAUUGAUUUAAUGAUUUUAAAUUGUCAUGUGGUGCAACCAUCAAGUAAAAGGUAUUAAAAUAUUUGAGUACAUGAGUGCGCAGAACUUCAUUAAUUAAUAUAAGUUUCAUUGGAAUUUUUAGGUCAAGAAUAUCAAGUUUUCUCUUGGUUGCACCAAAUGACCUGAACCAAAUGUGCCUUUUCCUUAAAAUGUACAAAUAUUGAUAAUAAUAUGACACAAUUAUGAUUUGUUUUUUUAAAUCUUCACACACAGAAUUGUGGGUCUAAGAGAUCAUCUGUAUUUUCACAUGACAGCAACAUUUCUGCAUGUUGGUUGCACCAUGUGACUUUGAUUUGAUGGACAAAAGUUUGUAAAAUAUUAAACCUAUUUUAAAUUAAAACGGUUUCACUGCAUUUUAAAAUACUCAUCACAAUAAUAAAAGAUUAUUCU